AUGUCAUCAAAUAUGCAAGCUAUGAAACAAAUGAGACCAGCAUUGGUUUCACUCACACAACAACAAGCACGUAGAAGAUGUUUCAAACUCUACAGAAAUUGCAUUAGAUCAAUUCCACAUUUAAUUCAACAUUACAAUCUUUCUUAUAAUAUGUCAGAAAUGAGAAAUAGAUUUAGAAGCAACUUUGUUGAAUUUGAAGAAGUUACUGAAAAGAAUCAAUUAGAUAGAUUAGCAUUCAUUGGUGAAACUGAACUUUUCGAUGCAAUGUCAUUAUUAAAAACUAGAAGUCACGUUGUAAAUUAUUUCGAUACUCAACCAGUUAAUGCCAAAACAAUCAGUGAAUCUGAAAAAUUAUUAAAUAAUUUCUUUGAAUAA